AUGGCCACCAUUAUCAAAGGCAGCAAUCGUCCUUUGGGUGAUGAGGAACUGAGAGGUGAUGAUCUGCCAUACCAGACAGAGGGAAUCAACCCAGAAGACGAGCCCAGAGUGUUUUUCCAUAAUCCAAACAAUCGAAGAAACAUCACUACCCUACAGAGAGGCAUUGGGUUAUUAGAAGAAGAUAGAUUCAACAACAUGGAGGCGCCGCGUGGCUCCACCGGGAGGUUCCACUCAGCUACUACUGCUGCUGUCAACAACACCAGGCGAAAGAAGCAAACCAAGCAAACACCUCGACGAAACCCGAGAAGAGUCCUAGCACAAAACCCCAGAAACAGCUUCGCCAACCGUGUUGACACAUCCACAUCCCCAAUCUCUGAGGCUUCACUUUCCAGUCCCAGUUCUAUCCAAAGCAGGGCUAGCAGCAGGGCAAGUAGUCUUGGUCUUUCUCUUUCCAUUGACUUAGACGACCAUGACGAGUCACUCCUGGAUGGGCCAGAUGAUCUGGAUGGUGGUGGAUAUGUCCACACUGAAACCCAGAGGGCAUCGGUGAGCCUCAGGACUGCAGAGUUGGAGGCAGAUGGUGGAUAUGUCCACACUGAAACCCAGAGGGCAUCGGUGCGCCACAGGACUGCAGAGUUGGAGGCAGAUGGCAGGAAAGAUGGCACCAAAAAACUCUACAAUGGCUAUGUUGCAGAGUUCCACGCGUGGUGCAAAGCAGGCCCUGGCGAGAUAGUUAAGGGCCUUAAGACCAAACCCACAAAAGUUGUCUUUGACACAAUGCCCACCGCCAACACAGCAUUGGAAUUUGUGGAGGAUCAUUUCAUUCUUCGCCCGCAGUGGGAUGGAAAGAAUGGAUAUACCAAGGAGGCCCCUCACAGCAAAUGGUCAUUUGAGAAUAUACUCAAAGGGCUCAGAGCUGACUACAAGAUUCAAAAGGCAAAGUAUUGCAAGGAACAUGGUGAGGCGGCAUUCCUUGACAGAUACGGCAACGCAGGACCUAACGACCACGGGGAUAUCAAGGCAGUGGCCAGGAAAUACCUCAGGGAGCAAAUUGCCAAUCGGAAUUUCCUACACCUUCCUAGAGGAGCGGCAGCAUUAUCUCAACAGGGCUAUUCGAAGGAACAAGGCAGACAGAUGGAACAGUUUGGUCUAUUUGACGACAGUGUCCACACCAAGGUAUUUAGUGACAGCUUAGCACACAGGAAGUCUGGCUUAUCCUACAAUGAUGCGUUGAAGGUCAGAGCACAGCAUCUUUACGGUGAGGGCAGACUUUUCAGAAGUGAUGACAGGCAAGUUGUACUUCUGUCCGACCAUUGUCUCAUGGAUCCACCAACACACAUGAGUGGUGCUGGGAAAGCAAUUGCAGUUGUCAUGAUGGAAGGCAAAACAGUGACAGCUGGGAACAACAGGGUGUCAGCUCAGAUGCGGCACAAAGACGAUCCAAGUCGAUGUGGAUUCAACGCUUUCACAACUGAGCUGUUUAGGCAGCAACACUUGGAUCCACAUGGACAGCUCCACAUGGAGGACUUCAUCCCGGUGAUGCAAGACAAUGGCAAUUAUCAUCAUCCAUGGUAUGACAGGAGAUUCUUCUACGGAAACACAAAAGCCACUAAAGGGCAGGCCUGUCACUCCGCAACAAACAAACCCUUCAGUUACAAGAACGCAAACAGUCUGUUCCACGCCGCCUACGAGCGAGUUGAACCACCCAUCAUUUCGUGGCACGUGCUCCAUUUGCAGAGAGGCACCGGUGCCAGAAAGGCGGAACAGGCUGGUGCAGAAUCUUUCCACAUCGGAUCGCAUGGGGGCUGGAGGCACCGGGGAGCUCUGUUCAAUCACUAUCUCACUCACGUGCCUUUCAAGUUUGUGUCAUGGCUUGCAGGAUACCAGUUCACACCCGAUUCCAUACCGGACAGAGAUGCCUGGUUUGUGGCAAGGGAUUUGGUCCAGCCUCCACAGAAAGUUGUGGAUGACGUGUUCCCCUUUGUGAAGGAGGUCCGACAGCAUCAGGCAGAGAACCCAGAGUUCUGGAAGGACGUUCAAAAGCAUGACAACACCCUCGAGAAGUUCCUCCAACUUCUAGAGGUGGGUGCCAAGUAUUUUGUGCAGGAUAUGGCAGUCAUGUACCCCAAGAUGAAGAACCAUCCGUUCUUUUGCACACAGCCAUUCCUCCAUGCUGAGUUCCAUCCCUUCCGGGAAGAACUAUUGCAGAAAAUGGAAGAGCAAGACCAGAAGAUGAAGAAGCAGAAGAAGGAAGCCGCAUCUUCGUGGACUGGGGCACAGGGCAUGUCCUAUCUCAAGCAAAUCCUAAAGAUCUUGAAGCCCCAAGUCUAUGCGGUGGACUACACAGAAGAAGAGAAGGAAUUCAUCUUGGAAGAGAUGGAUGACAUGGGCCCCCCAGUGGAGGACGCAGACACAGAGUUGGCGGAAGAUCUCAUGGCCGCCGAAGGUGAAGUUGAUUGGGUAGAAGAGAACAAGAGAGACAAGACAGAUACAAGAGCCGUGCAACAAACCUCACCCAUGGCGAUUGCACAAGGCCCACCCCGGAGACACACUCCAGUCGACCUGAAGGAUCCAGGAACUUGGCCAAACGACGGAACACCAGACUGGGCAGGGGCUGUGGAGUUCACGGCAGAUCUACCUCUGACCAUUGAGGCUUUGGUGAGGGAGUAUACAGAGGACUCCCAGGAAAGCCAGCAUGAAGCACCUGGAAGCUCAUUACGUGCCGAUGUCCCGAAUGUUAAAAAGAGAAGAAAGAAUUGGCAUAGCUGGAGGAAUUCUGCAGCAAAACGGGCUGGAUGGUGCAAAAGGAAGCCACUCUACCAUCAUGUGGAUACUUUCUUUGCCACCACUGAUGAUAAUGAUGCUGAUCGUACCGCCCUACCCAACACUGACACCGCCCUAUUACCAAAUGCUGUGCCCGAAAUGAAUGAGUUUCUGAAUGCAUUUGGCGGCCAGGAGGACCAGGACCAAGAGGAUGGCAGGCAGAUGCAGGAGGAGGACAAACAUGAGGAGGCUACGAUGGAAGCCAUCCGGGCUCUGACCAACCUUAUCGAAGAGAAAUUUAGUGGUAGGAUCCCCCAAGGCAAAUCUGCAGCACAGCCAGGAAGCAAAGUUAUGAAAGCGCUAUUCGACCAUUUCAAGGCACUCGUACCAGGUGCCAAAGGGAGGAUUGAAAAAGGGCACAAAAGGGCAGCCAAACGUAAGGAAAACAAGGCCAACAAGAAGAAGAAGCAGGUGGAGGAGCAGGCAAUGAGACCUGAAGAUGAGACCUGA